GGGACGGGGUGAGCCUCUCAGUGUGGCUUUGAGGAAGGUCCUAAAUACUAGCGCAAAGUCGUGAGUUCGCCACGUGUGGAGAGAAGGGGAAGACUGAGUCGAGAGAGGGAGAAAAAAGCCCAAUGCUGGUUUCGGAAAGAACGAAGGAACUUUGGUAGCCCUGGCCGAACCACCAACGCAAGGCAAGGAGCGCUUCCGCAGAGUGGCAGCAGUUCUGAUUGGAAGGUGGCUGGGAGAGACCCAUCGCACCUAAAGGGACAGCUCUUGGUGAGGACUCCUCAAAAGCUCCCCCUGGACCAUGUCACUGGGUGGAAGAGGAAUGCUGUGAGACUGAGCCAGGAACCAGCUAAGUGACAGCUCAGAGUCCAGGAGUACCAAGUCCCUGCAAAACAUAGGCACCGUGAGGAUGAGUGCGGCGAGCACUGCAGUUCCCUUCCAUACAACCUCAGACACCAGCAGGGCUGUUUCCACCUUUUCUGUUGUGGACUAUGUGGUAUUUGGCCUGUUGCUGGUUCUCUCCCUUGUCAUUGGGCUCUAUCAUGCUUGCCGUGGCUGGGGCCGCCAUACCGUUGGUGAACUGCUGAUGGCAGACCGCAAAAUGGGCUGCCUUCCUGUGGCAUUGUCCUUGCUGGCCACCUUCCAGUCAGCCGUGGCAAUCCUGGGGGCCCCAGCUGAGAUCUACCGAUUUGGAACCCAGUAUUGGUUCCUGGGGUGCUCCUACUUCCUGGGGCUCCUGAUCCCUGCUCAUGUCUUCAUCCCUGUGUUCUACCGCCUGCGUCUUACCAGCGCCUAUGAGUACCUGGAGCUCCGCUUCAAUAAAGCAGUUCGGAUCUGUGGGACUGUGACCUUCAUCUUUCAGAUGGUGAUCUACAUGGGAGUUGCUCUCUAUGCACCGUCCUUGGCCCUCAAUGCAGUGACUGGAUUUGAUCUGUGGUUGUCAGUGCUGGCCCUAGGAAUUGUCUGCAACAUCUACACUGCACUGGGUGGGCUAAAGGCUGUCAUCUGGACAGAUGUGUUCCAAACGCUGGUCAUGUUCCUAGGGCAGCUGGUGGUUAUCAUUUUAGGAGCAGCCAGAGUGGGUGGCUUGGGGCAUGUAUGGGAUGUGGCUUCCCGGCAUGGCCUCAUCUCUGGGAUUGAGCUGAAUCCUGACCCCUUUGUGCGUCACACUUUCUGGACUUUGGCCUUUGGGGGUGUCUUCAUGAUGCUCUCCUUGUAUGGAGUGAACCAGGCUCAGGUGCAGCGCUACCUCAGUUCCCACUCAGAGAAGGCUGCUGUGCUCUCCUGCUAUGCAGUGUUCCCUUGCCAGCAAGUGGCCCUCUGCAUGAGCUGCCUCAUUGGUCUGGUCAUGUUUGCCUAUUAUCAGGAAUAUAGUAUGAGCCCCCAGCAAGAGCAAGCAGCUCCUGACCAGUUGGUCCUCUAUUUUGUGAUGGACCUCCUGAAAGACAUGCCAGGACUGCCUGGGCUCUUCGUUGCGUGCCUCUUCAGUGGAUCUCUCAGCACCAUAUCCUCUGCAUUCAAUUCACUGGCGACUGUCACGAUGGAAGACCUGAUCCAGCCCUGGUUCCCUCAGUUGACUGAAAGCCGGGCCAUCAUGCUUUCUCGAAGCCUUGCCUUUGCCUAUGGGCUAGUUUGCCUGGGAAUGGCCUAUAUUUCGUCUCAUCUGGGAUCAGUCCUACAGGCAGCGCUCAGUAUCUUUGGCAUGGUUGGAGGGCCACUGCUUGGACUCUUCUGCCUCGGGAUGUUCUUUCCAUGUGCCAACCCUCUUGGUGCCAUCGUAGGCCUGUUGACGGGACUCACCAUGGCCUUCUGGAUCGGCAUUGGGAGCAUAGUAAGCAGGAUGAGUUCUGCUGCAGCAUCCCCUCCCCUUAAUGGAACCGGCUUCUUCCUGUCCAGCAAUCUAACUGUCGCCACUGUGACCACCCUGAUGCCUUCUACCCUGUCCAAGCCCACAGGACUGCAGCAGUUCUAUUCCCUGUCCUAUUUAUGGUACAGUGCACACAACUCCACCACAGUCAUUGUAGUGGGACUGAUCGUCAGUCUGCUUACCGGGGGAAUGCGGGGCCGGUCCCUGAACCCUGCCACCAUUUACCCUGUGUUGCCAAAGCUCCUUGCACUCCUGCCCUUAUCCUGCCAGAAGCGGCUUUGCUGGAGAAGCCACAACCAGGAUAUCCCUGUGGUCCCCAACCUGUUUCCAGAGAAGCUGAGGAAUGGAGUGCUGCAGGACAGCAGAGACAAAGAGAGGAUGGCUGAAGAUGGCCUUGUCCACCAGCCAUGCAGCCCUACCUAUGUUGUGCAGGAGACCUCCCUGUGACCUGUGAUGGGAACUGGUCUGUCCACUACAGUGCAGCAGCCAGAGGCUAUUUUACGUGUUCUGCAGCACUGGGGUGGAUGACCUAGCCCACAGCAAAGGACCUUGAUCUUUAAUGUUUCACCUCCGUGGAAGCUGUUGCAUGCAAGGGCGAGACAGUUUUUCCUUAUCCCUUGCCAAUCUUAGGAUCAGGUUUGCAGGGUACAGAAUCACAUCAUAUGUGGGAAAAGAAACGAAUACACUAAGAAAAGAGUGGUUUUUGAUCAAGUAACCAGGGUUCUUUGGGGUGAAUAGGAACAGCAUUUCUUACAACUGCCCUGGGGCCUAGAUUGACCAGCUCCAGCGUUAAGUCCUUGGCUCUCUGGUGACUCUCUCACCCUUAUGUCAACCUGGGUUAUUUCCAGCCAUGUGAGCAACUGUGGUCUUUCAGGUUCUCUAUAAUAAUACUCAAGUCCCCUCUCAUUCUUACCUACCUCGAUUCGUGAGAGGGAGGCUUGCGUGUUAUGUACAUCUACUUUCUGUAGGGGUGGGAGGUUUUCUACAUGAACCCUCGCCCUCUUCAGGCAGUACUUAAGAGGCAGGACCUUCACCAGGACCCCCUUAUGUGGUGUGCUAUCCUCUAAACUCCUAGGCUAGGCCACCCUGGUGUCAUUCUGUUGUCUGUGCAACUAUUAUUUCCUUUGGGAGUUUCCUCCUCGUGCAUUUUGUUCCUAGGGAAUAAAAAUAGCCCUUAGACCUGG